AUGGCAGGUAUUUUGGCAUGGUUUUGGAACGAGAGAUUUUGGCUCCCUCACAAUGUAACCUGGGCUGACCUAAAAAACACAGAUGAGGCAACCUUCCCGCAAUCUGAGGAUUUGUAUCUGGCUUGUCCUUUAGCCUUCUGCAUCUUUAUGAUUCGACUGGUUUUCGAAAGGUGAGUGCAUUUAUAAGUUAUAUAUUGGUAUAACUGAAGAUAAUGUUGGGUUCGUUAUAUUUACAUGUAGCCUAAAGAAAGCCUGUUUAGCUCACACGGAAUGUCUAGACAAUGACUUGCACAUGGUGAUGCGAUGUAUCCAAUAAGGAAGGUAACGUUGUAGUUUCUCUAUAUGCCUGUCUGUAUUGUCACAAUGCUUUUUCGAUAUGUGUCAGAUCAGUAGACCUCAUUUGAAUAUGAAUUAUUUUCCAUAAUGAGAUACAUGUCGACCUAGCAUCCAAGCUGCAAGUUGCAGCUGUCAGUAGGAGUCGAGGGCAUUAUUCGAGUCAUGCUCAUCUCAUUUAGCCUAGGCUUCUAUUGACCUCGGAAGGGUCUGUGCUGUUUAUGUCUUAAUGGUGAUGAGUGUGUUUAGCGUCAUGUAGCCUAUUUGUUGUAAGCCUGCCUAUCCCAAAAGUGUUGAUGCUAGCCUGGUACACCACUCAGACACAUGGGAUGCUCUGUGCAUCAUGAUACUUUUUUAUAAAGGCUCAUGAUGUGGCAUAUAGGUGUGCAUGCGUCAGUAGACUACAGUUGAAAUAUAUCUUACUGUAGGCUACAUACAUGAUGUCACUGAUUGGAUGCAUGUCAUAAGGUCAUCCUGCUGUCACCACCAUCACCAUGACACCUCACUCACCAGCCCAACACAUCCAGCCCACCUCACAUACUGUAAACCGUCACAAUGGAAAUUUGACUUUUCAUUGAAAUACAGUACCAGUCAAAAGUUUGGACACACCUACUCAUUCAAGGGUUUUUCUAUAUUUUUACUAUUUUCUAUAUUGUAGAAUAAUAGUGAAGAGAUCAACUAUGAAAUAACAUAUGGAAUCAUGUAGUAACCAAAAAAGUGUUAAACAAAUCAAAAUAUAUUUUAGAUUUUAGAUUCUUAAAAGUAGCCACCCUUUGCCUUGAUGACAGCUUUGCACACUCUUGGCAUUCUCUCAACCAGCUCCACCUGGAAUGCUUUUCCAACAGUCUUUAAGGAGUUCCCACAUAUGCUCAGCACUUGUUGGCUGCUUUUCCUUCACGCUGCGGUCCAACUCAUCCCAAACCAUCUCAAUUGGGUUGAGGUCGGGUGAUUGUGGAGGCCAGGUCAUCUUAUGCAGCACUCCAUCACUCUCCUUCUUGGUCAAAAAGCCCUUACACAGCCUGGAUGUAUGUUAUGGGUCAUUGUCCUGUUGAAAAACAAAUGAUAGUCCCACUAAGCGCAAACCAGAUGGGAUGGGGAAUCGCUGCAGAAUGCUGUGGUAGCCAUGCUGGUUAAGUGUGCCUUGAAUUCUAAAUAAAUCACAGACAGUGUCACCAGCAAAGCACCAUCACACCUCCUCCUCCAUGCUUCAUGGUGGGAACCACACAUAAAGAGAUCAUCCGUCACCUACUCUGUGUCUCACAAAGACACGGCGGUUGGAACCAAAAAUCUCAAAUUUGGACUCAUCAGACCGAAGGACAGAUUGCCACCGGUCUUAUGUCCAUUGCUCGUGUUUCUUGGCCCAAGCAAGUCACUUCUUGUUAUUGUUGUCCUUUAGUAGUGGUCUUCUCUGAACAGUUCUUUUUUGUGGCGGUCCUCAUGAGAGCCAGUUUCAUCAUAGCGCUUGAUGGUUUUUGCGACUGCACUUGAAGAAACUUUCGAAGUUCUUGACAUUUUCUGGAUUGACUGACCUUCGUAUCUUAAAGUAAUGAUGGACUGUUGUUUCUCUUUGCUUAUUUGAGCUGUUCUUGCCAUAAUAUGGACUUGGUCUUUUACCAAAUAGGGCUAUCUUCUGUACACAAACCCUACCUUGUCACAACACAACUGAUUGGCUCAAACGCAUUAAGAAUGAAAGAAAUUCCACAAAUUAACUUUUAACAAGGCACACCUGUUAAUUGAAAUGCAUUACAGGUGACUACCUCAUGAAGCUGGUUGAGAGAAUGCUAAGAUUGUGCAAAGCUAUCAAAGGCAAAGGGUGGCUACUUUGAAGAAUCUCAAAUAUAAAAUAAUUUUGAUUUGUUUAAUACUUGUUUGGUUACUAUAUGAUUCCGUAUGUGUUAUUUCAUAGUUUUGAUGUCUUCACUAUUAUUCUACAAUGUAGAAAAUAGUAAAAAAUAAAGAAAAACCCUUGAAUGAGUAGGUGUGUCCAAACUUUUGACUGGUACUGUAUGUGUGCUGUAUAAGUCUUCAUGGGACAGUUGCGGCUUGUUGUUAAAUGGACAUUUUUACUGAUGAUAUGACCUAUAAAAUAUGUAGGCCAAACAAAGGAGUGAAGACUGAGGUUCCUGCUGUGAAGAGUGUUCCAAGACCAAGAUGUGUGCUUUUUAAUUGUAGAUUAUACACACAGCUUGCUUAUGCAUACACAAGCCUCACAUUUACUAUUAUUGUACAAGGGCAUCUAUGAUACUAUUUGCUAAAACAUACAGUAGUACUGGAUUAGUAUCCAUUGAAUCUGCCAACAACUGCUGUUGCCCUUGUGUUGCCUCUCACUGAGCACAGUAACUCUGUCAAUGGCAGCUAGGCAGCUAUAAUUAGAAACUAUAUUUAUACUGAGUCAGUGUUCACAAUUCACUCACGCGUUUAACACAUUAGGUUUUUAUAGCUAAAACUGAAACAUUGUGAGGCAUAACAUUUCCCCUUGAAAGGUCUGUUUAGGCUGGUCCCUCAGAGAUUAGAUUUUCUGAUUGCUGACGACUCACUUCAUUUGCAGAGUAAGGACUUUUUGAAGAAUAGACUACUAGACCGCUAAUCUCUCUCUCUCUCUCUCUCUCUCUCUCUCCCUCUCUCUCUCUCUCUCUCUCUCUCAGCUGUCUCUCUCUCUCUCACAGCUGUCUGAACAUGGACAUUUCAUCUUGAUCUUGGCAUACACUUCCAGCAGUUUAAUCUUCGAUAACCCUUUGUCCAUUAAUGUGACUGUUACUCAAUCAUAUAACUUCAUGAUGCCAUCUUUCAUUUAUACAGUUGUCAAAUUGAGCCAAAUUCUUACAUUGUGAAUUGCUGACAAUGUAUACAGAAAUACGGAUUCAGCAAUUCACACAUUGUACUUAUAGUUGGAUAAGAUUUUUAAGCUUUGAGAUGUAUUUUUAACAACUGGUUGUCAGUAUUGUCAAUGUUCCUGCCACGAUUGUCCCAGUUUGCCACAAAUAAAAUCACUUUUAUGAUUAACAACAAUUAGAUGUUUGGGUUUGAGAGGACGCUGUUGUCUCAGACACUUCAGGACACUUCAGGAUGGCCAAGCUGAGGCCACUGUACCCACUGUGAGAAUAUUCUGACAUUGUUGUGUUAUUCUUUGUAGGUUUAUUGCCAGACCAUGUGCCUUGGGUCUCAAGAUACAAGCCAAUGGACCACAGAAAGCCCAGCCCAAUGCCAUUUUGGAGAAGGUGUUCACUGCUAUCACCAAGGUAAAAGUAGUGCCUGUGUUUCCACUAUGUCAUAUCUUUGUUUGCAUAUUAGUACUGAUAUCUUUGUUUGCAUUUUAGUACUGAUAACUGUAGAUUAAAAGCAAUCUCUUUGCAAAAGGCAUUGGAUUCAGUUUGAGUCCAGAAAGCAAGACCUCAUGUUUGAAAAUAUUUGUGCCUUGUUCUAUUGACGCACCAUGGUUAUUAUUCACGCAGAAAGGAAGUGAGAUUCUUUAACAAAUGCUCAGAUUCACAUACUGAGCAAUUUAGCAGACUACCUCCACACAGUGUAGACAUUCUCAGAGGUGGAAACAAAGGCCCUUUAGGGCUUCUUCUUUUCAGGAGAUAACAUUAUUUUACUACCAAUAGUGCAUGAUGUAAGUCGCUCUGGAUAAGAGCGUCUGCUAAAUGACUUAAAUGUAAAUGUAAAUGCUGAUGAAACGUUCAGACACUGAUUGCCUAUAAUCUCUGUGAAUAUCAAGACUGUUUUAACUUCUGGCAUGUCACACCUUUCCCACAAUAAUGGGCAGCCUUGUUAACAGUCUGGUAUCUGGAUCUUGUGUUUCCUAGCAUCCAGAUGAGAAGAGGUUGGAGGGCCUGUCCAAACAGCUGGACUGGGAUGUGCGGACCAUCCAGCGCUGGUUCCGACAGCGCAGGAACCAGGAGAAGCCCAGCACGCUGACUCGCUUUUGUGAGAGC